AUGGGCUGCGCGAAUCAAAAGUCACAUGCGCAGCAGAUAGCUUACCAGCGGGAAUUCCUUGGCGCCUGCUGGAACAGCGCCCUCAGCGACGAUGAAGCUAAGGAGUACCUCGCAAGUCGGUGGAUGGGGAUAUCGAGGCCAGUGAUGGCGCUGCACACCAAUAACCACUGCUUCACCGUGCGCGCACUGGGCAAAGAAAAGAAGACACCGGCCCCUACUGCAGUGGACCCAUCCAAGACGCCGGUGGCCGCUCCAGGAAACCCAACUGGAGCGCGGCCCGACUUGGGAGGAAGUCUCGGAAUCGAAAACGGUGGUCUGUGUAGCUUCGCCAGUGCCAGUGCGGCCGGGAGCUCAUCAACCCACGUCCCUCUGAUCUAUCCGGAUCGGGUUCCAUACUCGAACACCUGUUCGCCCGUAACUGCGCACCCUGAGCCAACCCCGGCGUCAACCGGUAAUUCCGUGCCUGCCAAGACAUCAACGACAAGCUGUCCAGGGGCCGGGAGCCCCCGGACAACGAUGCGCCAAGGGCACACCAGCAGCCACGGGUGCCCCCACCCGGCCAACAGCGACCCCGAGUCUGCCAUGGCCAACGCCCUCAUCACUGCCGCCGUCACAGGGAAGACGAAGAACGCUGAGUCUAGAACACUACGAACGGUGAUGAAAGACGCGAUCGAACUGGAGAGAAUCGCUCACAGCCACCACCCGUACCUCCAGCGCCACGAGCUCUCGGUCUACGGCGGUGUUGUCUUCCGCUGUGCCCCGGCCCACCGGCUGUACCACCGCAUCUCUUUUGUGCCAGAGCCGCGCGCGAAAAGGCUGGGUAACGCACCUCUGUCACCCGGGGCGGACAGCCGGCAGGAUCAACAGCAGCAGAGUGCGCUGUCCACCCCGCUUGUCACACCGAGCGGCAUGGCGGCCACUGAUAGGGAUCGCUCGCGCAUGAGAGGCUUGGGUAGCUCUCUCAGGAGGCGCACUGGUGGAGUAAAGCGCUCACCCAUACGCAGGAGUGAUAGUGAGCGGGCGGAUGACGGGUCCACCCUUCGCCUCGGCUCCUCCAUGGCACGGCAUACAAUCUCCUCUGGAGGCGACUGGGCGACGGUCGAUCCUCUGAGCCCGUCCAACAAUUACCCCAUUGAAGACCGCGACAUUGACGGCGUGGCAGCUACCCGGCCACCCGUGGUCAUUGGGAGCAUUACGGCAAUGGAACUGCAGGCCCUGCCGCCGAGUGCGGAGUUGUGCUUUGGCGGAUGGCUCUACGUGAGCUUGCAGGAUGAACAGAAGCGCCUACGUCGGUCGUUAGCGCGGUACGAAGCGCGGCGGCAGCAGCGCGCAGCAAGGCGGAAGGCAGCGGCAGCGCCGUCGCCGAUACUCUCCUCUACAUGGAAAACCCUCUCAACGUCCUGCAGGGACAACCGCAGUCAAAGACAACCGCAAGGUGGGCGAUUGCACAACUGCAUCAACGGUGAGAACGUCGAGGGCGCGUCUGGUCAUGACGAGUACCCACUCCUAAGCGCUUCCGUGGCGGCGCACUCGACGUCGGCACCACAGCGGCCCCAGCAACCUUGCGACAGCAGCGAUGAGCUCACCACGUGUAGUCAGCGUCCUGCGGAAGUAGCACCGCCAUCCCCACUAAACGCAGCCCUGGUAGAUAGCCAGGCAUCACUACCAAUGGAUGCCUCGCGCAAGCCCAGUGUCAUCGAAGACAGCAGCGACGCUUCCAUCGCUGAGACGGAGGGUGCGCCACAUGCUGCUACUACAACGGUAGACACUUCCCCAGCGGCUGAGGCAGCGAACCCACACGUCGAUGGAGAGAAGGAGCCGCAACUGGCCCAAGGAACCCCUCAGCUAUCAAGAGCGCAGUCGGAGGAGCGCGCGACACCCUCCAUGGAAACCACCACCGCGCCGCCGAAACCGCAUGCAUCCUUCUCGAGAGUCUCGGCGUUGGACCUGUCCGCUAGUAUGAAGAGCACAGAUGCCUCAUCUGAGCACAGCCCAAUCAGAAAACUCAGCGAACCACGCAAGUGCACCACAAGUGCAUUUCCGCAGCAGACGGAGCCGCUUUUGAGGUCAAGUCCAUCUCUGCUAGCCACACUGCGGCGCACAGGAAAGUACGCGCAGGAAGCGAUGGAGGCGGACGCGCUAGCGGCGUCGUGGCUGCCCUACGCGUACGUCAUCAUUGCCGUGCCCAUGUACGAAUGCUCGCUUGUCCCCACCGCCUUCCACACCGCCUUCACCCGGCGCAAGGCAGUCUCUCUCAACCUUGCCAACGCGCAGUCAAGGCAGGCGUACGGUGUCGGCUGCAUCACUGCCGCCCGCUACGGUGGUGUGAUGGUGGUGGAGUACCGGGAGAAGAUCAGCGAAAAUGAAGACGCUGAGUGGAUUGACGAGCUGCUGCGAGUAGGCUGUGCGUCACAGAAGGAGUACGGUAAGGCAGGAGCCAAGCCAGAUGAUACGGACACCACAAACCCCCCAGGUUUCUCUGGGUCAGCGGCGGCGAGGGCGUCGGCACCGUCGCUGCAGCAUUUCUCGAGCACUAUGGUGCACCACUCACGCGCUGAGAAGCUGCGCCACAUCAAGGCACGCAUCUGGGACAAGCUGCGGCACCAAGGCCUGUACGUAGUCCUCGCUGAGACACGCGUGGCAAACCGUCGGCACCGGCAGCAGCGCGCCUCCGUCACGAACGGGCUGAACAUGACGAUCCAAGCGUCUGCUAGCUGUUUGGGCACACCUGCGCUGGGCGACGAAGACGAGGAGGAAGGCGGCGUCGGUUUCGACUACUGCGCCAGGGAAGCGAGUGCGGUGGAUUAUGACUCAUUGAACGACAAUCGUGGCACCGGCAGCGACAGCAGUAGCUCCCACGCAGACCUUGCCUUGCGGUCUAGCGGCAGGCACCGGCGUAGUCUCUGGUUGCAGCUGUCUCGCGGCAGCGGUAAUGGCAGUCGCCGGCACCGGCGACGACAGCGUCGUCGGGGCAACCGUAGAAGCGACUACGACGACGCGGUGCUGGAGGGACUGCGCCCCACCCACUUCGGCUCAAGCGACCAGCGGCGCGGCGUCGGUGGCCGUGGCUUGACGACGACGUUGGUGGAUUCCUGUCGGUGGACAGGGCAGAACUACGAUGACGACGACUUCCUCUUGCGCGGCACGUAUCGACAGAUUGGUGGGAUGAAGUACUUGGACGUCGUGUCGCUCAUAGACGGGUGCCCGGUGUCUGAGCUGGUCCAAGGCAUAAAGCGCUGGGUAAUGAAUCUCCUCUCCAUGCCGAUCAAGGCCCGUCCUCUCUCUCUGUAUCUACAGCGGUACGAGGGCAUUGCCUCCUCACUACAGCUACUCAGCACACAGCUAGCGAGUGCCGCCCUCGCUGCCAGCGUCGCCUCUGGGCACCUGAUCGCCCCGGCGAACCUGAGCUUCCACGCUGGUGGCGUCACCGGACAGGAGGAGGCGGCAGCGUCCUUUGUUUCGCAGCAGCAGCAGCAGCAGACCGAGGCAACGGGCGGUAGAGUGAGCACAUGCAGUUUCUCUCUGGCCUCCGUGACGCUCAUGAGCGCCUCCGCUGCUGCCAUCGCCACCCAAGUUCUCCCACACGGCGUGUCGUACAACACCUACUACAAAGGUCCGCUUGAUCCCAUCGUUCGAGCCGUGCUAUCGCCAGAGCUGGAGCUGAUGAUCGCGGCUUGCCAGACGCGUCAGCUGCCAGAUAUUUUUCGCACACCGCAGUCCACCGCGGCGCACAUGGUGACGAGCGCUGGAGCAACCAACGCCGGACUCUCCUCCCUUAACUCUUCCGCGUCGGUCGCUCGCAGAGGUAUCCGUGACAGCCACAGGAGAAACAGUGGAAUUUCCAGCCCGAUGCCGCAGUUCCUGCCAUCCGUGUCAAGCAGCGAUCCCGGGUGUGUCGCCUCCGGUGAAGCAGGUGCGAGGGCUGUAGCACAGGUACAGGGCAGCCCCCCGCUGCCUACUGGGCUGAGUCCGACAAUGCCGUGCGCGAAGUACCCUUUCUGUGUCGACGUCAAGAACCACCCUAGCACCUCGGCAUCCAAUGAUCUCCUUCCUGCACCGCUCCUCCCUAGUGCUAUGCUGCCUGCCGUGCUGUCACUCAAGCACAAGUCUGUGGAGGACUCCUCGGAGGCCGCAGAGCGCUUCCCGUACGACAAUUCAUCGCAGAACGGCAGCAUGGUCGGCAACAGCUGUACUGCGGUGAAUGGACGAGCACUGGCAGCAGCAGUGGCGGCGGCGACGGCGGCAGCGGGGCUCGGCGACGGUAUUGACAACACUAAUGGAAACGGUAUUACAAACGCCAGCUUUGCUUCUCCGCUCAACACGCCCUUGUCGUCAUUCCGCGUGUCCAAAAGUGGCACUGUCGAUAUCGACGCGCUGGCCGUCCCCUCGCUGGUGCAGAGCGGGAAGCAGCAAGAGAUGCCGUUGUUGAGAAGCAGCUGCCCCAGUGACGCUGCUGCCAAAGGAGGAACGGCAGGCAGCGGCACUCGCGCGGACGACGUUGCUGAGGCUGAAAAGCCGCCGCACGUCAGGGACUCAGACAGCAACGCGUCCGCCGACCCCCGUAGCACGCCGGACGACGCAAACCAUCCUCGUCAGCGUCCCCUGCGCGAGCGACCAGCGGCAAGGGAAGCAGCUGUAACUGAGUGCCACGACAACAGCGGGGAGAACAGUGCCAAUGAUGAGAACCACAGCGGCACGGUGGUGCCCCAGAGAGUUGACAGAGCUGCUGCCUUGGUUGGCGCAGAGGAAGAGAAGGUGCCGCAUAGAGAGCAAGAGUGGCAAGUAGCGGACCGCGAGCUGCGGGUGCUCAAAUCGGAGCUGUAUGAGCUGCACUACCUCGUCUCUAUCGCCCGCAGUGAGCUGCUGGAGAGAUUGGAGGAGAGUAUCCAGCUUGGCGCCAUCUUCCUACCCCACACGCGGCCCGAUCAAGUCGCCCUCUCGCUUCUCACAUUGAAGAUGAUGCGCCAGUACCCCGAGGAGGUGCCCGUGAAGGAGAUCCACACGGACUGGGUACCAAUGCUGAUGUCGCUACUGACCAUCUCACGCGAUAACCUGUUCUGCUGCGCCGACGGCCUCACGCACUCCACCAGCGGCACGUGGGACUUCUUGAAAACGUACAACAAUGCCGUCGCGCAGUCGGACGUGUGUGAUGUCAAUCAGCGUCGCAAGCUGUACGACUCGGGGACGACCAAGUACACGAUCGACCCUCUUCCGCCGUUGCCAGCGCCGCGUCCGCUACACGACAUCGUCAUUGCACCGCAGCCCGUUCGCUUCACCAAGGAGGCACUACAUGAAAUAAAGCGCGUUGGCAUGGACGAGUCUGGUUUGUCCUUCACAUUCUCUGGCGGCUCGUUCGGCGUUCUGGCUGGCGUUCUUUACUACUACGCCGACUUCCUGCGCGCCAAGUACCGCAGCGAAGUGGCGACAGCGAGCGGGAGGCCGAAGGAGGCGGGCGCCACGGUGCAGGACGUGCUGGCGCGCGGCGGGUUCAACGUCUUCCUGCGGCGCAUUUGGGUUUGGGGUAUGAUGCCGGACUCCAGCGAGUACAAGUUUCUCAUUUCCACCGCAACCACCCAGGCGAAGAAACUACUGCGGAGGAAACUGUCGCGCCGCGACAACGCGGAUUUCGCUAGCUCGGCAGAGCCGAAGUCGGCUCGAUUUGCCGAUGGCGUCGAUUACGUAGUGACGAACACAGCGGGCCUAGACAGUGGCAGCACUCGUAUGAGAGGGAAGCCCUUCUGUAGUGCCGAGGCCUACGCUCUCUACGACGCCAUCGUCCACUACCUCGGCACGCUCGAGGAGCUCCACACGGAGCACCAGGGCAACGCCUCCAUCGCAGCACAGGGCUUGGUGAGGCGCCGGUCGACGCUGAUGACCUGGCGUCGCAACAAGGGUGGCCCCGACGCGUCGUUUGUAGCGAACGAAAAUAGCGGUGAGAUGUGCAGCUUGACCGGGAGCGCUGCUGCUUCACUGGCGGCGGAGCUUGUGCCGAGCUUCGAAAUUUGCGUUGCCACAAACUACUACUACAAAGAAAUGAUGGAGGAGGCGCGACGGCCACGCCCCCGCGCUCGCCGCAUCAGCUCCCUACACCGCACUCAGUCGAAGACUGCCGGCGGCAAGCGCUCUACUGUCGCUAGCCUGUCUCCGCCGGCCGCGUCGUCAGGUGCUGCGAGCGGCAUCACCAGCGCUGCAGUGGGGGACCGCAAAGCUGAAGCCUCGAUUCCGCCACCACGGCCAGUGGGUAGUGCUGGCAAUCGCGCCAAGGCUUCGAAAGACGAGGUGCUGGGAAAGGCGCAGCAGCAGCAGCUGGAGAUGCCGUACUGCGGUGGGGAAGAGAAGACAAGGAAGAAAUCUCCGCAGCGACAAGCCGUGAAGACGAUCUUUCGGUUCUUGACGAACCACUACGAGCAGUGGCGCGCAAAACACAGCGACGACCCUGUGGUGAGCGCGCUGGCGAAGCGCGUUCAUGUAUCCAUAAAGUAA